AUGGCACCUGCAAAAGAACAAGAAACCAGAAGAGCGUCCAUUGAGCAGGGCAAGGAGCCUGCUAAGGAGGAGCAAAAAAGCAAGGCCGACAGCAAGAAGGCCGAGGAGGAGCUGAGCGAGGAGGAUCUCCAGUUCAAGUCCGAGCUGGAGAUGCUUGUCGAGCGUCUUUCCGAGCCAAACAAAGACCUGUAUGCCCCUGCGCUGGACAACCUGAAAAGUUUCAUCAGAGACUCCACGUCCUCGAUGACGGCAGUGCCUAAACCGCUCAAAUUUCUCAGACCUCAUUAUCCCACAUUGACAGCGAUCCACAGCAACUGGACCGACCCGAAGCUGAAAUCGCAGCUCGCAGACAUUCUCUCUGUGUUGGGAAUGACCUACAGCGAAAAGGACGGCGAGAAUUUCAAGAGGGAGUGUCUAAAGUACAGACUACUCAGCAACAUCGACUCGACCAUAUCUGAAUGGGGACACGAGUAUCUGAGACACCUUUCUCUGGAAAUCGGCGAGGAGUACCAGGAGAAUCUGGAGAACGGAGUCAACAGAGAAGACACUCACACGGAACAAUUGAUCAAGCUGAGCUUGGAAAUUGUGCCUUACUUCCUCAAACACAAUGCAGAGGCUGAAGCGGUGGAUCUCCUGCUUGAAAUCGAAGAAAUAGAAAAGCUCUCGCAGUUUGUCGACAAGAACACAUACAACAGAGUGUGUUUGUACAUGGUUUCCUGCGUGCCGUUGCUCGCUCCUCCAGACGACCUCGCCUUCCUCAACACCGCCUUCAGCAUCUACUUGGCUAAUGACAAACUUCCACAAGCACUGAGCCUGGCUAUCAGACUUGGAGAUGAGUCCUUGAUCAAAUCUGUUUUUGAGGCCACCAGCGACGAGCUGGUGCAGAAACAGCUUGGGUUUAUGCUGGCGAGACAGAAUUCUUGCUUCAAGGUCGACAACGAGGCCGUGCAGGAAUGCAUCUCGAACGUCAAGCUGAGCGAGUACUUCAAAUACCUUGUCAGUGAGCUGAACUUGCUGAAACCGAAAGUUCCAGACGAUAUCUACAAAACUCACCUUGAGAACUCACUUUUUGGCCAUUCUUCCAGAUUAGAGAGCGCAAAGCAGAACUUGGCUGCUGCGUUUGUGAACGCAUUUGUUAACGCCGGUUACGGAUCAGAAAAGCUUAUCAGCGACGAAAAAUGGAUUUACAGGACUAAAGGCGAAGGAAUGCUUCUGACCACUGCCUCAUUGGGGUUGAUCAAUCUAUGGGACGCAAAUGAGGGUCUUCAAACUCUUGACAAAUACUUGUACUCUGAACAGAGCGAAGUCAGAGCAGGCGCAUUGCUGGGAAUGGGUAUUUCGACCACCAGCGUCCACGAUGAGGUGGACCCGACACUUUUGCUGUUGCAGGAUUACAUCAGCAGCGAUUCGAACAUCGACUCCAAGAUGAUCAUUUCUGCCAUCACGGGAAUUGGCAUUGCCUUUGCAGGCAGUGAGAACGAUGAGGUGAUGAACCUGCUCUUGCCUCUUGUGUCUGAGCCAUCAGUUUCUGUUGAGAUUCAAGCACUCUCUGCUCUUGCACUAGGUCACGUUUUCGUUGGAACUUGCAACGGUGACAUCACGUCCACCAUUCUGCAAACCUUGCUGGAGAAGGAGACAUCUGAUCUGACCUCUAAAUGGAUCCGUUUCAUGUCUCUUGGUCUCGGAUUGCUAUACAUGGGCAAAUACGACCAGGUGGAUGAUGUUCUUGAGACGAUCGAUGCCAUUGACCAUCCAAUUGCCAGAACUUUGAAGGUUCUGGUGAAUAUAUGCUCUUAUGCCGGAACCGGUAAUGUCUUGCAAAUUCAAUCUUUGCUGCAAAUGUGCACAGUGAAACCAAAGGAUGAGAAGGACGACGACGAGGACGAGGAAGAGAAGGAAAAGACUGAAGGCGAGGACAGUAAUAAAGAGAAGAAAGAAACCAGCGAGGAGGAAAGCUCUGAAGCUCAAGAGGAUGAAUCCUACCAAGGGUACGCAGUUUUGGGACUUGCCUUGAUAUCUAUGGGAGAAGAAAUUGGCCAGGAGAUGUCACUGCGUCAUUUCGGACACUUGAUGCACUAUGGUACUCCGCUCAUCAAGAGAGCUGUUCCUUUGGCCAUGGGACUGGUGUCCUCGUCCAAUGCGCAAAUGAAAGUGUUUGACACGCUUUCGAGAUAUUCGCAUGACCAGGAUCUGGAUGUUGCCUACAAUGCCAUUUUCGGUAUGGGUUUGGUUGGUGCAGGAACCAACAAUGCUAGAUUAGCCCAGCUUUUGAGGCAGUUGGCUUCGUACUACGUGAACGAUCAGAACGCCUUGUUCAUGACGCGUAUUUCACAGGGUUUGGUGCAUCUGGGUAAGGGAACAUUCACGUUGUCUCCUUUCAACACAGACAGACAGAUCUUGUCCAAAGUCUCUCUUGCUUCGCUUUUGACCGUUAGCAUUGCCCUUUUAGACCCAACAUCCUUCAUUCUGGACCAGCAUUCGAGUCUGUUAUACUAUUUGACGCCAGCCAUCAAACCACGCAUGCUUGUGACUGUCGACGAAGAGCUCAAGCCUUUGAAAGUGAACGUUAGAGUAGGCCAGGCAGUGGAUGUUGUCGGACAGGCUGGAAAGCCAAAGACCAUAACUGGAUGGGUGACACACUCUACUCCUGUUCUUCUAGGAUUUGGAGAAAGGGCUGAGCUGGAAAACGAUGAAUACAUUCCCCUCACAAACUUCCUUGAAGGAGUUGUGAUAUUGAAGAAGAACCCUGACUACAUGGAGGUGGAAAACUAA